AUGGAGUCCGCUCUUCAAACCCAUCCCGCCACUGCCGCGCAAGCAAAGGCCUUCACGGCGCCUGGGUCUCUCUCCUUCCCUGGCGCUGCUCAUGAGCUCACGCCACCAUCCACCAUUGGUGAGAAGGUCAACGGCCAUGUGCCAGUGCCGAACGGUCAGCAGAACGCAAAUGGCAAUGGGGUGACUCCCGCGACCCCUGUUGCGACUCCUGCUGCCACCACACAAGGUGGAUCGGGCCUUACUCCGACGCUGCAGAACAUCGUCGCCACGGUCAAUCUUGAUUGCCGGCUGGAUCUGAAGACGAUUGCCUUGCACGCGCGGAAUGCCGAGUACAAUCCUAAGCGUUUCGCCGCUGUGAUCAUGCGAAUCCGCGAACCCAAAACCACGGCGCUUAUUUUCGCAUCUGGAAAGAUGGUGGUGACUGGAGCGAAGUCGGAAGACGAUUCUAAGCUUGCCUCCCGCAAGUACGCGCGUAUCAUUCAGAAGCUAGGUUUCAACGCGAAGUUCACCGACUUCAAGAUUCAGAAUAUCGUGGGGUCAUGCGACAUCAAGUUCCCCAUUCGCCUCGAGGGCUUGGCCUCCCGCCAUCACAAUUUCAGCUCGUACGAGCCUGAAUUGUUCCCUGGCCUAAUCUACCGCAUGAUCAAGCCGAAGAUCGUGCUUCUCAUCUUCGUCAGUGGUAAGAUCGUUCUCACCGGGGCCAAGGUCCGAGAGGAGAUCUACCAGGCGUUCGAGAUGAUUUACCCCGUGUUGCAAGAUUUCCGCAAGGUUUAG